AAAAGAACAUCAUUUUGAGUUUAUAAAACAUUGAUUUGGCUUUUUUCUAAAUAUUUGAAAUAUGAAAUAUUGUAGAGUUUGUCUGAGUGCUUCUGAUUUAAUGGAUAUAUUCCAAUUUGGUGAAAAUAUCGCUUCUAACAUUAUGCUAUUUACCUCAGUACAGGUUAUUGAAGGUGAUGGUUUACCGCAACAGAUAUGUAGUUUAUGCAAAAUUGAACUUGAUAUUUGCCUCGGUUUUAAAAAUAAAUGUGAAGCAACUUAUGAAACAAUAAGAAGUUCUUGGAGUAAUAAAAUAAAAGUUGAUCUAGUCGAAGCAGAAAUAGAACAUGAAUCAGAUUUUGAAACAUAUAGUGAACAUUUUCCAAUGGCAAUACAAGAAAAUACUUACAUAACUUGUCAAAAAUGCAAUGUACAUUUUUUGUCUCAAACAUCUUUUAAUAGCCACUUAAAAAUAAAGCAUGGGCAUAUAUGUAAUAUCUGUGACUUGCAUUUUAAAUAUCGAAAAGAACUAACCGAUCACUUGAAGGAUAUACAUGAAAUCAUAUCUAAGCCAGAAAAGAAUAAACAGUGCCACAUAUGUGGUACAUGUUUCAAAUACCACGCAGAAUUAAAGAGACACACAUUGACCCAUUCUGGAAUAAAAGAGUUUAAAUGUAAAGACUGUGGUAAACAUUUUUCUUCUAAGGGAGGCCUAAAUAAACAUACGGCAAGACACAGUAAUGUUCGUAAAUUACCUUGUCCGUCUUGUCCCAAAAUGUUCAUCCACCAAAGCAAUUUACAUGAUCACAUAAAAGUUCACAUUAACCAAAAGAAAUACAGUUGUCAGGUAUGCAGUAAAAGAUUUAAAUCCAACCGAACUUUAGUAUAUCACCUGAAGAUACACAGUAAUGAAAGGGACUUUCCUUGUGCCGAAUGUGACAAAGCAUUUACAAACAAAUAUGACUUACUUAGACAUGCAACACUGCAUGAACAAUCCAAAGAAACCAAAAGCAGAAUAUCAGGUAAUGGAAAGCAAUGUGAGUUGUGUGGUAAGUGUUGUCGAAAUGUAAGCGAUUUUAAGAGACACAUUAGGGUACACACUGGUGAAAGACCUUAUCGUUGUCCUCACUGUGAAAAGAAUUUCAAAUAUUCAAGCACUUUAAGUUGUCACAUGCGGAUUCACACACAGGAGAGACCGUAUGUGUGUAAGAUUUGUGGGAAAGGCUUUACUCAGUCUUCAAAUCUGCGCACACAUGAAAUAAUACAUUCCACUGAUAAACCUUUUACAUGUUGCAAAUGCUUUAAUUCCUUCAAUCGAAAAAGGGACUUGCAGCGUCACUUGGAAAAAUGUAUGAAAUUGAAAAAGAAAUUAUAGCUUAACACAUUUUUAUUAUAUUAAUUAAGUAUUGUCCAUUCUGUAUCUACUUGUUCUGGAGAAUAGAAAAACAAUGUUACACUUAUUUUAUGAAAUUAUAAAAAUAUAUAAUUGAAAAAAAAUAUAAUUUUUAUAAAGCAAAAUAAUAAAUUUCAAAAAAAAUAUUUUCUGUUUCGUAUAUGAAUCAGCUCCAUUUAAGUCAAUAUUUAAAUACACUUUACAGAUAUAUAAUGUAAAUAUUUCAUUAUUAUAUUAAACAGCUAAAAUUGGUUAUAUUACUGUGUAUAGGCUUUCCGAUUUCAAUUGAAGACCAAAGAGCUAGGCAGUAUGUACCAUGUUCGGCUGCUGCACAGCAACUUGGCAUUGAAAUAUUUGAAAAACUUGUUCUCAUAUUUAUUUAGUCAUACCCAUAUACUGGUCUGGUUGAACUAAACGUGCAGGUGAUAGAAAUGUACACGACCAAUUGACGAAUGCGUGCGCGGGCAAACGCCGCACUGGGCGACUGGGUCAUAAAUUUCAGUUGUCGACAAAUUGCCUAACAGUGCAGUGCAGCAAUGUGGA